AUGGCGAAUUCUUCAGAUAAAGUUGUAGUUAAAUGGGUGAAUGACACACGGGCUCGAGUUUGUUGGGUCAUACUGGCUAGCCUCUGCCUAUGUGGAUUCACACAGUUGAUGGAAGUCUUCAAAGACGAGAGCCAGGUUAUCUACAAGUACGUUGGGAUGAGUUUGGUGUCUCUCUACGUGAUUUUACUGGUCAAGUCUCUGUGUUCUGAUAAAACUCCAACCAUAGCUUAUAGGUCUGGUUCCUGUCUACGGUCGUUUGUGCCAUUGGUGUUUUUCUUCGUCAUCUUCAUCACAAUCUAUAAUCACCGAACCCUAGGAGUCUCUAUUCUCACUUUAUCCAUCAUUUUUGGUGUAGUGGCUUUAGUGCAAUUGCUUUUUCCAAUAGAUGAGUUCUAUGUGGGUUAUGUUAUGUUCGUCAUAACUUUGGGGAGCUCUAUAGCUUGCAGUGUUGUAGACUAUGAUCAUGAUGAGAUCAUGCCUUUUGGGUUUAUUUUCUCCUAUAUUUUCAUGUGUCAGAUGAUAAUUGUUGUUAUCAACUAUCCAGGAAAUCACCGCUUCUUUAAUCGCUAUUGA